CAAAUACAGAGUUCAGCAGUUCUGCAGUUCAGUUGGACCAUAUUUACGGUUUGACUGUCUGGUUAUUGUAGUUAUUCUAGUUCUACUCCUCCGUUAAGAGAGAGGGAUUUAUUAUUUUGUCAACCAAAAUAAAAUAGCAGUCAUCGUAAUAAUACAGGCCGUACGUACAGUUUAAAUAUUUCGAACUUUUGGACCGUACUGCCGUACCGGUACCGGUAACUUUUCAAAAUAUGAAGAUGACGGCAGAAUCAGCCUUGCUUGACCUUCCAAUCCAAGAUCAAGAAAUUUUGAAGGCUAUAUGGAGGAAAAAGGGAAUACUGCUGGAGGAGAUAGAGAAAUUAAAACGGGAACUGAAAGAUGUUAAUAAAGAAAUUGAACAGGUAGAAGAUUCUGAAGAGAGCAAAUCAAAUUCCAGAGCAAAGCAGUUGGCCAUAGGAAAAAAACGUUUCAACAGCGAUCCUAAAAAGGGUAUGGAGUAUCUAAUAGAUAACGAUAUAGUCACACAUGAUGAAAAGAGCAUUGCGGAAUUUUUAUAUAAGGGAGAAGGUUUAAACAAAACCGCAAUUGGUGAUUAUCUCGGAGAAAAGGAUGAAUUUCACCUCAAAGUUUUGAAUGAAUUUGUUAAUCUACACAAGUUUUCAGGUCUUGGAUUAGACAAAGCUCUCAGGGAUUUUCUAUGGAAUUUUCGAUUACCUGGUGAAGCACAAAAAAUUGAUAGAAUGAUGGAAGCCUUUGCCAGUCGAUAUUGUUCUUGUAAUCCCGGUGUUUUUCUCAACACAGAUACUUGUUAUGUUUUAUCAUUUGCAAUCAUCAUGCUCAAUACAUCACUACACAAUCCGAGCGUAAAGGAAAAACCAACAGUGGACAGAUUUAUAUCCAUGAAUAGAGGAAUAAAUGAUGGGAAAGAUCUUCCAGAUGAAUUACUAAUAAAUUUGUUUGACAGCAUCAAAAAAGAACCUUUUAAAAUACCAGAGGAUGAUGAUGAUGACCUCACAGCUACCUUUUUCAAUCCAGAUAAAGAAGGAUGGCUUCUAAAACAAGGUGGACGAUACAAAACAUGGAAAAAAAGGUGGUUUCUUUUGACAGAUAAUUGUUUCUAUUAUUUUGAAUUACCUCAGGAUCGUGAACCAAAAGGAAUAAUUCCACUAGAAAAUUUACAAAUUAGAGAAGUUGGUGAUCAGAAAAAACCUCAUUGCUUUGAACUUUAUCUACCAGAACAAGGACCAACACAAAUGAUCAAAGCCGCUAAAACUGAUUCUGAAGGAAGACUUAUACAAGGCAAACACACAACUUACAGAAUGUCAGCUUCAUCAGCGGAAACAAAGGAGGCAUGGAUAGCUUGUAUAAGGAAAAGUGUGAGCAAAGAUCCUUAUUAUGACAUGAUUGCUGCACGGAAGAAAAAAGCAGGAUUGUCAAAAUCAAAUUGAUUUAUUUAUUCACUAUGUUUAUCUAAACAUUUAUAUCAAUCAAUUAUGGAAUUAUGGUCAGUGGAAAAAAAAACUUGAUCAUGUGUUGGAUAAAAUAAGUCCUUUUCUGAUUUUUCAAUUCUAUCUGCUACUGAUCAAUUCAAAUGAUGAAGUUAGUGUUAGCUUUAAGUUGAGGAGACGUUAUUGAAAUUUUUAAGCUCGGCCAUGAUAUGAAGUAGUUGAUCCACUGAUUCGUCUUUAUAUUUACAGAGGGUUUCAGAAUAAAAGACGUUUUCUGAUGAAGCGUUUUUGCCUGAUGUGUUUUAGUAAACCAAUCAUUUUAACCUUAAACUCAAAAAUUUAGUUUGCAAUGGUCCAAAUGAUCUGUAUAUUUAGAGUCUUGUUCAAAAAGUUGAUCUAUAAAUUUUAUUGAGAUAUUAUAAAUGGAAUUUAUUAUUGAAACUGAUAUUCCCUAUUGGAUGUACUCGAUUGUGAACAAUUUUUGUUUUAAUGCAUCUAUAUUUUGUUUAUCUUACUAUUAUGACUUCUGUAUUUGACUUUAUCAGGUACUAUAUCAGACAAUAUCAAUUUCUAGUUCGUUUUAGAAUAUUUUUUCAUAUUUCCAAACAUACUAGCAUAAUAAUUCUUUAAAUCUGUAUAUUGUGUAAUCACAUGCCCACAUGUAAUAUUGACAGGUAAACUUUUCCCUAAGUAUAUCUAUGUAGUACUGCAGUUUCU